UCGGAGUACUCAACCCCGAGAUCACCCCAGAGCUUCCAGAGGGCCCCCCAGGACCCCAGAUACGAGACUCAUCGUCCCCAGGAUUCACGAUACCCCCAGGACGUCCAGUACCAGAGCCUGAGUGGUUAUCAACCCAGUCAGGAGCUUCCACCCACCAACAUCCACAAUCAGAGACCCGCGCAGUUUCCAGUGGACCAGGAGCCGAGGUAUCCCCAGGGCACUCAGAACUACAAUCCGGGAUCACAGCCCCAGCAGUACGAUCUCUCCUACCAGCAUAAAUAUGGGUUCAGGCAGAGAGAGCAGAGCUCCAGGUACGAGCCAACGAGACCGAUGUACGCUGUCGACAGUCCGAACCCUGAGUACUCAACCACUCCACCGAGUUCAAAUCUUCUGACACCUUCAGGUCAACUGGCGCCUAAUCUGCUGUCUAAAUACACACCCCAGGCCCAGAAGUACCUGACGAAGGUGUUCAGUGGUCAAUCGGGUAAAAUGAGGGAACACCCUCCGAACUACGAGAACCUGUUGAAUUACAAUCCAUCGAUUUCCCAGUACAUCAGGGAUCCAUCGUCCAUCCUCAAUGCUCAACCGACGUUCAUUCAGGCUGGCAACUCUCUGAUACCUGUUAUCAUCCUGAGAGUCGAUGGGGCACCUCCUGUUCAGCCUCAGGCUGCUCCCAGCAUCAAUCUCAAGGCACUGCUGCAGCAGUAUCUGAGUCAGUAUGCAGAGAGCAAAGCUGCUCUCAGUCAGACCUCCAAUUACGAUUACAAGGGACAAUUGGGGGGCAAUAAUCCUGUCAAUGAUCUCACUCGUUUGGCCAAUGCUCUCAGGAGUUUCACCCAGAGGGAGGCCUUCCCGCAGAAACUCGCGGAUCAUCCUCUGAAUUAUGAGGCAACGCGGUAUCAUGAUAAGAGCAGUUAU